CACGCACCUGGUGUCUCGCGACUUUGAGCUUGUCUCUUACUCAUCGACGCAUUCACACAACAAUGUCUACCGAACGAAAUAUAGUCAUUAUCGGCGGUGGUAUUAUCGGCUGCACUUCCGCAUACUACUUAACGCAUCAUCCAUCUUAUUCCCCAGAGACGACGUCAGUGACUAUACUUGAAGCCUCUUCAGUUGCCGGAGGAGCUUCCGGCAAGGCAGGCGGUCUAGUUGCAAAAUGGGCUUAUCCAAGGGAACUUGUUGACAUUACUUUCGGCGAACACGAGCGCCUUGCGAAGGAACACCGCGGCGCAGAGCGUUGGGGCUGGAGAUAUACUAAUGUUGGUCAAUGGGAAGGCCGAGGGGAGGAUAUCGGGAGUCAAGAUAUGACGUCGAAGGUCUCGCUGAACAAGAAAGAUGGAUUACACACUUCUGAAACGAUCCAGGACUCCUGCUAUAAGGGAGUUAAGAAAAGACUUCCUGGAGACCUUGACUGGGUAAAGGAAGAGCUUACGGAGAGCUAUGAGCCAAUGGCUGGAGGAAAGGAAUCGGCGCAGGUGCACCCGUAUCAAUUUACGACGAGCAUGUGUGCGUUAGCACAAGAGAAAGGAGCCAAGCUCAUCAUUGGGAAAGCAACAAAUAUCAUUUAUACAAAAUCCGAAGACUCAAAUGAGGAACAGGCGCUGGCUGUAUCAGGUGUGUCAUAUGUUGACUCUGCCUCCGGAGAGAUAGCCACUAUCCCUGCCACGCACGUCCUUGUUUCCGCUGGUCCCUGGACACAGACUAUCCUCCCAAAGGCACCCAUCACCGGUACACGAGCGCACUCGAUCACAGUCCGACCCACCCGCCCUGUCUCUGCGUACUGCCUCUUUACAGACAUUACUAUGCCAAAUGGGCGCAGUGCAACGCCUGAGAUCUACGCUCGUCCGAAUAACGAGGUAUAUGCGUGCUCUCCAGGAGAUGGGCUCCCUCUACCAGCUUCGACCGCAGAAGUUCAAGUAGACACGAAAGUAUGCGACGCAUUAUUCGAGCAAGUGGCUGCUAUCAGUCCGGAGGUGCGCGGUGGGGAGGUGACGGUGAAACAGGCGUGCUACCUCCCUAACGUCAAUUCUGGACCGCGUGGAUGUCCGAUUGUUGGUGCAGACCACAUGGUGAAAGGGUUAGUUAUUGCUGCAGGACAUACAUGCUGGGGUAUCUGCAAUGCCCCUGGGACGGCGCGUGCUGUUAGUGAAUUGAUCAUGGACGGGAAGAUUAGUUGUGGCAACCUCUCACGGCUGGCUCCACGAAAUUUCUUUUAACUCGAAUCUAUGCAAGCAAAUGUAUUCU